AUGACACUGCACCUGUCUGUGGGCAUUCUCAGCAUCUCUGGAGGCUCUCUUCUCCUCCUCAUAAACAACUAUGGUAGUGUGUCUGGAAACGCAACCACAUUCAUCCCACACACUACACUUGGCACACUGCUCCUCAUUGCCGCUGCCCUGUCGGCUUAUGCAGCUGUAAGCCGCUGUCUUAGCCAUGCCCAGUUGUUUUCCACGCUGUGCUUGUCCAUCUCUGCCCUUUGGAGUGCCCUGGGACUGGUCCACAUUCUGUUUGGACAAAGGAUUCUCACUGAGGACGAGUUUAGAUUUGCCCUGAUCCCCGGUUUAGCUACGUUUAGCUUCGCACUGUUUCUCAUCGCCAUCAUUGCCACUUUAAUAGUUGAUCUCUCCGUCGGAGGCUUCGGGCACAAGGCCACAGCCGCCAAUUACCUCCUUGUCUUUCUAGUCUGUGCAUAUUUUGGUAUUGGGCGCCUACUGUCCGUGAUCACUGGAGGCAAAGUAGAGUUCCUGGGAGCAGGCUUGAAAGACAAAGUAGUUUCGAAAGCCGAGGAAAGCAUGUACUGUGAUGUCACUAUUGUAGGUCAUGCCUGUAAUUUGCUGGCUGCCUUUGCCCUGACUGGGACGGAGGAGGACACCACUUCACUUCUGCCAUGGGUGGUCGUGGGCGGGGGGCUGCUUCAGAUACUCUGUGGGCUUGUCGCCUUUUCUCGAGGUAAAACAUUCGAGAGCACUGUGUUUGUCCUCUACGGCAUUCUCUGGGCUUUCUGGGGUUCGGUCAGAUACGGGUCCCUCUACGGAGAUGUGAGAGUGGGAUAUCUGCCAUAUGGUUAUGACAUAGGGGUGGCGAUCAUCUUUGGGGCUGUCAGUCUUUAUUGCUUCGGGGCCAAGAUGUUUAGCAGCACCUUCCAGUCGCCUCUGAUCCCUUUGGGGAAGCCGAUUAUUAAACUGAGCGGAGUUGGUGGAGGUGCCCAAAUAUGUCCACAUCUUCCGGCACGCAAGGCCACGUCUGUGCAGCAGAUUGCAGAUAUAAUGAAGAACGGAGGAGUAUGUGGGAUGCCAACCGACACUGUUUAUGUUAGUAAAAGCCUACAAGGUGAAAAGGCAGGCAGAGGACCCAUGUCCAUGUGGAUCUCCUCCAUAAAACAGCUGCAGCCGGUGCGUCACCUGCUGAGCCCUCUGCUGCUGGACUUCAUGGAGGCGGCGUGGCCAUCUUCCAUCAGUAUGGUUCUGCCCAGAGGUCCGUGGAUGGAGGUGUUUGGUUUAGGAGAUGCAGCUAAACAUAUUGGAACACCACAAAGCAUUGCUAUCAGAAACCCAGACUGUGCCGUUGCCACUCACCUCAUGAAUAUGGUCGGGCCGAUUGCAGUAACAUCAGCCAAUCCAACAGGAGAGGCAGACACCACCCAUCACAAUCAAGUUUUCGCCAAAUUGGGUGACAAGGUGGACGGUGUGUUAUGUGACGGUCCUUCUCCUGAAAACAUUGCAUCGACUGUGGUGGACUGCACAAAGAUCGAGUCGGGCCAGAUUGGCUUCUUCAGAGUUGGCCUCAUUCCUAAAUCAAAAGUUCUGCAGAUUUUUGAAGAGGUCCAGAAGAGGCACAGACACGGACAGACAAAUGCUGCGUUUGAAAGUGAAACUAACAGUGUAACAAUGGAAAAUGCUAACCCCUUAGCCCGAUGA